UGGUACUAUUUAUGUGUAAACUGUUGCGUGUGAUUAAUGUAGGGAGCAGUUUACAACGUAGUAUAACACCAUACAAUUCACAAGAAAUUACUAGAAAUUUGUCAAUACCUUUUCCAUCAUCAAGGGAAGCAGAAAUUGUUUAUCAAGUAUUAAGAGUUGAUAAAGAACCUUCAAGAGGUAGUAUUACAAAAAAUUUGACAUUAGACAACAAUUUAUUAAAAGUAGUAAUUUCUGGAACUGAAGUACGAAAAAUUAGAGUGGCAUUGACAUCAUUUUUUGAUAGUUUGAUUUUAGUAAUAGAAACUAUGCAACUUUUUGGUCCACCUGUGCCAAGUUAUGAUUAUUAUUAAGUUCAAAUAUAAUCUUUCUUUUAUAUUUGAUAUGGGCUGUAGUACCAGAUCAAAUUUUACAUAGUCUUGGA